CCCUCCUCCUCCUCCAACCUGCCACUUCUAGCUGUCCUGCCCUCCCCUUUAAAGCGCGACUUGCCCUGUGGCGGCCUGAACUCCGGCUCCGCGGGUCCAUCAGUCGGUCCGCACCUGGCAGCUCCCGCAGAGAGACGUGCCCCCAAGAUGAGCAAAGCCCUGUUCCUGGUGGCCCUGGGCGUGUGGCUCCAGAGUCUGACCGCCUCCCGAGGAGGGGUGGCCGCCGAUGACCGAAGAAGCAAUUUUAUAGACAUCGAAAGUAAAUUUGCCCUAAGGACCCCUGAAGACACAGCUGAGGACACUUGCCACCUCAUUCCCGGAGUAGCAGAGUCUGUGGCCAACUGUCACUUCAACCACAGCAGCAAAACCUUUGUGGUGAUCCAUGGCUGGACGGUGACAGGAAUGUAUGAGAGUUGGGUGCCAAAGCUUGUGGCCGCCCUGUACAAGCGGGAACCAGACUCCAAUGUCGUCGUGGUGGACUGGCUGUCCCGGGCUCAGCACCAUUAUCCAGUGUCUGCAGGCUACACCAAGCUGGUGGGAAAGGAUGUGGCCAGAUUUAUCAACUGGAUGGAGGAGGAAUUUAACUAUCCUCUGGACAACGUCCAUCUCCUGGGAUACAGCCUUGGAGCCCAUGCUGCUGGGAUCGCAGGAAGUCUGACCAACAAGAAGGUCAAUAGAAUUACUGGCCUAGAUCCAGCAGGACCUAACUUCGAGUAUGCAGAAGCUCCAAGUCGCCUUUCUCCUGAUGAUGCCCAUUUUGUAGAUGUCUUACACACGUUCACCAGAGGGUCCCCUGGCCGCAGUAUUGGAAUCCAGAAACCAAUAGGGCACGUUGACAUUUAUCCAAACGGAGGCACUUUUCAACCGGGGUGCAACAUUGGGGAAGCCAUCCGUGUGAUUGCACAGAGAGGCCUCGGAGAUGUGGACCAACUAGUGAAGUGCUCCCACGAGCGCUCCAUUCAUCUCUUCAUCGACUCCCUGUUGAAUGAAGAAAAUCCAAGCAAAGCCUACCGGUGCAGUUCAAAGGAAGCCUUCGAGAAAGGGCUGUGCCUCAGUUGCAGAAAGAACCGUUGCAAUAAUGUGGGCUAUGAGAUCAACAAGGUCAGAGCCAAAAGAAGCAGCAAAAUGUACCUGAAGACUCGUUCCCAGAUGCCUUACAAAGUAUUCCAUUACCAAGUAAAGAUUCAUUUCUCUGGGACCGAAAGUGAAACGCACACCAACCAGGCCUUCGAGAUUUCUCUGUACGGCACAGUGGCGGAGAGUGAGAACAUCGCUUUCACCCUGCCAGAAGUUUCCACAAAUAAGACAUACUCCUUCUUAAUUUACACGGAGGUUGAUAUUGGAGAACUGCUCAUGUUGAAGCUGAAAUGGGAGAGCGAUUCAUACUUUGGCUGGUCAAACUGGUGGAGCAGCCCUGGCUUUGCUAUUGAGAAGAUCAGAGUAAAAGCAGGAGAGACACAGAAAAAGGUGAUCUUCUGUUCCAGGCAGAAAGUAUCUCAUUUGCAGAAAGGAAAGGCACCUGUGGUAUUUGUGAAGUGCCACGACAAGUCUCUGAAUAAAAAGUCUGGCUGAAACGGGGCAAAUCUACAGAAAGAAGAACAGCACGUGAAUUCUGUGAAGAAUGAAGUCAAUGAAGUAACCUUUACAAAAGAUGCACCGUGCUUUGGAUGUUUAAAAGUGGAUUUUCCUGAGUAUUAAUCCCAGCUAUGUCCUUGUUAGUUAUUUUAGGAGACAGACUCAAAAUACUAAAAAGUGGCUAAUUCCAUUUGAGGAGUAUGGUGGCCAAAUAGCACAUCCUCCAACGUUAAAAGAGACAGAUAUGAAAAGCACUGCAUUUUGUCCUUUGGGAAAGAAGUAAUCGUUUGGGCCCACAGGAAAGUAAGACUCCUUCCUGGCGUGUGUUUGGCCAUGGCCUAACAUUGGUUAGAACCUCCUGUUUUAAUUGGAAUUCUGGAUUUUUUGGACUGAGGCCUUCUCAAAGUUUUCUCCAAGUCUGAAUAUAGAAAAUUGUUUUCUGUGGCCUAAGUCAGACCCACCUACUACUUGGCAGUAGAAACGCCUGAUUUUUUGGAAUGGUUCUCCUCUUGCCUUUGGGAUGUGGCCCAGGAGUUAACCAGGAACAUGUGAUUUAGAGGGACAGAGAAUGGGCUGACGAAGCACUGAGCCUUCAAACAGUUUCUGUUGUUGGCUUGCAUCAUGACAAAGUUAAAGGAGGUAUAAAAUUUAGAUCAAUUCUUUUUUUGAUCAAUUAAUUUUUAAUAGGCUUUAUAGUUUAAUUAAUCUCUCUCUCUCCCCUCCUAUUGUUUUUGGUCUCGAGAUUAUAUUUUAACAACGUUCUUUGGAUGGGUGUUGAAAAUGAGCCCGUAAUCCUCAGCUGCCACAUCAUUUGAAUGGUGCA